ACAGUCGACCUCACUUUCUCAACUACAUCUCCCAGAUCCAUAUAUUGGGUCUACCACAAAUCAAACACACCCUGAGAGUUUUUCUUUAUCUUCAUAUUUUUUCGUUGACAACUUUAUAUACUACAAUGACAAAAUUAAUCUCUCCUCACGUCAUCGGCCAAAAGAUAUGUUGAGGCAAAGCUAAUUCGAUCAUAAACCCUAAUUUCCUUCUCCACAGGUGCGAUUCCCAAAUUGCUGAGUUCUAAAGCGAAUAUUAGGGCACGAAAGUUUUGAAGCCGAGGAGGAAAGAGAAGAAGGAAGAGCUUAGUUCUGUUUUCGUUCAAAGACUUUGUUCCAGGUUCUUGGCAGAUGAUGAAAACAAAGCAGAAGCGCACAGGAAAAGUCCCAAGUAAAAAAAGUGGUACUUCUUCGCAUGACCCUGUUGAUUCUCGAGAUCGUGACAAAGAGCAUGAGGAUAGUGAUUGGGUUAUAGUGAAAAAGCAGAGAGUAACCAUUCUGGUGCCUGCUGUGCCUCUCAGUGAGAGAUCGUUAAUAGCAAACCAAGGACCAAAUCAUACGCAACUUAUGCCUCCUGAAUUGGCAAGUAACCAUGUGCAGCUUCCCAUGGAGACAUCUACUCUACAUCCUUCAGAUAAUGAACAUGAAAAAACCUUUUUAUUGGCUGCUCAAAAAGAGACUCGUACCGAGAAUAGAGCACCUCCUAUCUUACCUAGACCAACUGUGGUCAAUCCAUCAUCUUCAGAUCAGAGAACAGAAUCAGAAAAUCCACGUCAAAUGAGUGGUUUGAAGUCACAUAAAGUACUUGGAAUUUCUAAUACGUCAAAAGUUAUUAAGCAGCCCAGAACACUACUUGCACCAAGAAGGCCCUCCAACCUGGAAACUUUGAAUAAAAACUUGAGAGCAUCAAAUUUGGUGAGGAAGCUUGAAAGAGCUGGUGGACUGAGCAAGUGGUUGAUAUCACUUGGACUGGGGCAGUUUGUGAGAAUUUUUCAGGGUAAAGGUCUCAGUAAGUAUCAGCUGGUAAAUCUAACUAUGAAAAAACUCAAGGAUAUGGGUGCCAAUGCAGUGGGACCUCGCAGGAAACUGAUCCAUGCCAUGGACUGUGUUUGUCAGCCAUAUUGCUUUGAGGCAUUGUAAAAGGUUUUAGAAUUUUGAAACUAUAUACAAAAAUGUUCCAAGACACGGUACAAAUGCAAAACUUUUGUUUCUAGAUGUUGUUAUAGCUUACAGUACUCGAUUCUCAGCGCUUGUUGAGAUCUAUGCAUAUAUUAUAUUAGCUUUUAGACGCAUUCUAAACAAUGCUUCCUUUUAGA